AUGAAGUCCGUUCUUCUCGUCGCCGCCCUGUCGGCCCUGGCCGAGGCCCAUUACAUCUUCAACAUCCUCAUCGUCAACGGCAAGACCAUCGGCGGCGAGUACGACUACGUCCGCCGCAACAGCAACUCGUACAACCCGGCCUUCCCCGACAUCGUGCAGAGCAACGAGCUACGGUGCAACAGGGGCGCCAAGGCGGGCAACACGCCGACCUACGACGUCAAGGCCGGCGACAAGGUCGCGCUCAAGGUGUUCAACCGCGAGACCAUCGAGCACCCCGGGCCGGGGUUCGUGUACAUGUCCAAGGCACCCGACCUGGCCAAGGACUACGACGGGUCGGGCGACUGGUUCAAGGUCUACGAGACGGGCCUGUGCGGCGCCAACCCGGGCAACGACUUCGCCUGGUGCUCGUACCAGAAGGACCGCAUCGAGUUCACCAUCCCCGAGAAGACGCCCCCCGGCGAGUACCUGGUCCGCUUCGAGCACAUCGCCCUGCACGAGGCGUUCAAGGACAGGGCCCAGUUCUACAUGGAGUGCACACAGCUCAGGGUCGAGGGUCCCGGCGGCGGCACCCCGGCGCCCCUGGUCAAGAUCCCCGGCAUCUACAAGGCUGAUGAUCCGGGAAUCAAGUACGACAAGUGGGCGAGCAGCCCGAAGGCUUAUGUUAUGCCUGGACCCAAGAUGUGGGACGGACAAUAG